AUGUACGGCCCGGGAACCAAAUUCGAAAAGGCCAUGUUCUACACCCGCGGCCCCAAAGAGAAGCAGUUGCUCGUGAACCUAGCGAGUACCACCGACAAGGCCGUGCACGCGCGAAAGCGACGCAUCAUCUCGCAUGCAUUGAGCGAGGCCUCGAUUCGAUCUUACGAGGUGACUAUUCUCGACAAGAUCCAGCUGUUCUGCAAGCAGCUCAGCGAUGCCAGCACUUUCGGCGGACCCUACAAGAAUAUGUCGCGGUGGUUUUCGUACCUCACCUACGACAUCAUGGGACAGCUCACCUUUAGCCAGAGUUAUGAUAUGCUGACCAAGGACGACCACCACUUUAUUCAGCCGCUGAUUGACUCUUAUCAGCAUAGCCAGUUAGGGACGGAGCCGAAGUUGGAUCAAUGGGGCCUCGCACCUCUCCUGUUACUCCGGAUCAUGGCGGAGAACAAAAAGUUUCGGAGGUACGUCGACGACCAGGUGAACCAUCGCAUUGCGCUUGAAAAGGCCGGCCAAGGGCCCCCCGAUAUAUUCAAGCUUCUGCUGGAGCAUAAGGACAAAGAGACUGGAGAGAGCAUGGGAUUCAAGGAGCUUUCCGAUGAAGCAGUCGUCCUGAUCAUUGCCGGUAGGCGCUUCUUCUCACCCUGUGUAAAUGGUUCCAAACGAUUCACUCUCAACAGCCAGUGA